AUGCCUCCCCUCCUUGCCCCCCUCUUCCUGCUACAGCUUGUAGUUCUUACCUUUGUGAGUGGAGGAGCAUACUACGGUCACAAGCAGCAUCCUCAGCCAUACCAACCGAUGCAGCAUAUCCAACAUAUUGGCAUGGGCAAAGACAUGCCCUAUAUGCAGUAUCCCCAUUACAGCAAGGAGCUCCCACCAAUGCCCAUGCACAAGGGAAAGGAAAAUGCUCAUAAGGGGGGAAGCUACAAUGGUGGCAAAGACAAAGGCCAGACAAUUCCUAGUGGUGCUGAGGGAAUUCCCCAAGGAGAGCCAGGCCCUGCUGGGCCACCUGGGCCACCUGGACCAGAGGGACCUUCAGGACCUCUUGGGCCUCCAGGGAAUGGGUUGCCAGGACCUGCAGGACGGCCUGGACCUCCUGGUCCACCGGGAAUUCCAGGAGUUGGGAAACCAGGUUUUCCUGGGCUUCCUGGAAAACCUGGAGGAACUGGUAUUGUUGGCCCUCAAGGAGAAAUGGGCCCUAGGGGUGAAGAAGGACCACCUGGACAGCGAGGGCCUCAAGGACCCCCAGGACCACCUGGACUUCCAGGAAUAGGUAAACCAGGUGUUCAAGGUUUACCAGGUCAAAUGGGGCCCAAAGGUGAGCCAGGUCACAAAGGUCUUCCAGGUUUACCAGGACUGCCGGGACCCAAAGGAGACAAAGGGAUGGGGUUGCCAGGACCACCUGGACACAAAGGGCUUCCAGGGCUCCCUGGGCCUGCUGGUCCAAGAGGAUUGCCUGGUUUUGGUAAACCUGGAUUGAAUGGCACACCAGGACCACAGGGACCACCAGGGGAAAAGGGACAUCCAGGACAUCAAGGGCCAGCUGGACCACCAGGUGAAAAAGGACAGCCUGGCCCAGCAGGUCUACCUGGUCAAGGGAAGCCAGGUCAAAAUGGUCUACCAGGACAACCAGGCAUGCCAGGUGUGAAAGGUCUUCCAGGACCACCAGGUUUGCCAGGAAAGCCAGGAUUGCCAGGAUUUGGUAAACCGGGACUCCCAGGACCAAAGGGUGAUAAAGGUAUGAGUGGGCCACCUGGAUCACCUGGACCAAAGGGAGAUAAGGGUUACAGCGGUCUACCUGGUACGCCUGGACCUUCUGGACCAAAAGGUCCUGAAGGUCAUCCAGGCCCUAGUGGACCCCCGGGGCCUAUGGGUGCACCUGGUCCUAAAGGAGAUUGUGGAGAAGAAGGAUCUAAAGGUUUUGAUGGAGCCCAGGGUGAGCCUGGUCCUCAAGGGUUACCUGGAAAGGAUGGCCUGCCAGGAGACCAGGGAGAGCCAGGACCAAGAGGCCCACCAGGACCAAUUGGUGCCAAAGGAGACAUUGGACCUGAAGGUCUACCUGGUGUUCCUGGUUCUUCGGGACCUCCUGGUCCCAAAGGAGAAAGAGGUGAACCAGGUGAAGUGGGGCCCCAAGGCCCUAAAGGAAUCCCAGGAAUGGAUGGUGCAGCAGGACCAAUUGGGCCCCCUGGUCUUCAAGGACCAAAAGGAGAUUAUGGUCCUCCUGGUCCACCAGGCAUUGCAGUUGAAGGAGGUCCAGGUCUACCUGGUCCCAUAGGACCCCCAGGAAAAGAAGGCCCAUCGGGACUCCCUGGGCAACGAGGUCUGCCUGGCCCUCCUGGACCACCAGGUCCACCUGGAAUACCUAGUGUGUCACCUGAAAUGGCAGGAGUGCUUUCUGAGAUGGGCCCAAGACUAGACGGUGUUAAAGCUGGAAGUUAUGGCAAGAAGGGCAAGUAUGGAGGCAAUGGGGCAGAAGUAAUGGGUCCCAGUGGGCUUGAAAUGCCAGCAUUCACAGCUACAGCAAUGACUCCAUUUCCACCUGUCGGCACUCCAGUCAUCUUUGACAAGCUUUUGUACAAUGGUCGCCAAAACUAUAACCCCCAGACAGGAAUUUUCACUUGUGAAGUACCUGGUAUUUAUUACUUUGCCUACCACAUUCAUUGCAAAGGAACUAAUGUUUGGGUCGCUUUAAUGAGAAACAAUGAGCCUGUAAUGUAUACAUAUGAUGAAUACAAAAAGGGUUUCCUAGACCAAGCAUCAGGGAGUGCAGUAUUACCUCUACAGCUAGGGGACACUGUGUAUAUUCAGCUGCCCUCAGAUCAGGCUUCAGGACUUUAUGCUGGACAGUACGUGCAUUCCUCCUUCACUGGGUACUUGUUAUAUCCAAUGUAA